AUGAGUCAUAGCAUCAAUCAAUCAAUUCAAUCAAUAUUUAAUGCUGGUAGUCGUUUAGUAUGGGUGGCACACAACAAAAUAAGUGCAUCAUUGAUUUGUUUGACAAGAUUAUUAUUUGGCUUCUUGGUGUUUUUGUUAACAAAAUCACCAAUCGAAUCGUCUGAUAAUGAUAAUUUAUUAUUGGUUCAAUUUAUCUUUAGACAUGGUGAUCGUAGUCCAAUACGAUUAUAUCAUAAUGAUAAAUAUAAAAUAUAUGAUUUUAAAAUGGGACUUGGUGAAUUAACUAAUCGUGGUAAACAACGUAUGUUUCAUUUGGGCCGCAAUCUACGUGAACGAUAUCGUGAAUAUCUGGAUUCGAUGCCAAUUAAAAAUGUUCAUGCAAGAAGUUCAUCACGAAAACAAGAAUAUUUUGGCACCAAUUAUAUCAAAGUUGAUUGGAUUGAUCGUAUGGGUAAUGAUACGAUCCAGAGAAUAAAACAAUUUCAUGAUCUUGAAUUCUCCGUAUAUGGCCAAUCGAAUACAUAUCUUAAACUAAGAAUCGGAUCAUUGAUUAAAGAAUUAAUCGAAAAUAUGAACAAAACUUUGGAUUCGAAAUAUUCUUACCGUUGGGAUAAUCAUAUCUAUCUAUACAGUACUCAUGAUACAUUGUUGGGAUAUCUAUUAUCAGCGAUCGGAUCAAAUAUCGGUCAACCAAGUGGUUUGGCAUUUGAAUUGAUAACGGAUGAUCAAAACUGGCCGUCCAUCCGCAAGUACUAUCUAAAUGGAACGGAUAAUUUUUUCAUAAAUUUGCUCGGAAAUGCAUUAGAUUCAAAUAGAUAUCGCUGUAAAUGUAAUCGAAAUUGUUCUUAUGAUAAUUUUAUUCAAAUGUUAAUCGAAUUAAUUCCUGAGAAUAUUGUGCAAGAAUAUUCAAUUGAUCCAAAAAUGCGAAAUAAUAAUUGUACUUGUUCGUAAAAUUUUGAAAUUUCAUUUCGGCACGUCUUUUAUGAACGUAUUAUUUUAUAUUUUUUUUAUUUUUUGGCCGUGGAUCGAGUUUAUUUUUU